AUGUUUUGGAUAUUCUUAAUUUAUAUUAUUUCAUGUUUUGGAGCUCAAAAUAAUGAAAAAGAAGUAUUAAUUAAUUUUUAUAAUCAAUUAAAUGGAUCCAAUUGGAAAAUAUCAACCAAUUGGUUAAAUAAUGAAAAAGAUAUUUGUGAGUGGUAUGGAAUUGAAUGUGAUAAAGAUGGAUAUGUUUUUCAAAUAUCUUUAGACUCUAAUAAUUUAGAAGGUAAAUUACCAAGUUUAAGUUCUUUAACUCAUUUAUAUGCAUUUGUUGCUAAUAACAAUAAAUUAACUGGUUCUUUAAGUGCUUUUAAUGGAUUAAAAGGAUUUAUGGCAAUAAGUAUUAAGAAUAAUUUAUUUAGUGGACCAAUUUAUAUGAUAGGAACAACAAUGAAAUGGUUACAUGCUGAUAAUAAUAAAUUUACUGAUAUAUUUUCUUUAAUAAAACACUGUCCUGAAAUUGAGGUUAUUGGACUAACUCAUAAUAAAAUUAAAACAAUUCCUCGUACUAUUGGAACUUUACAUCAUUUAAGAACUUUAUCAUUAGGACAAAAUGAUAUUACUUCUGAAAUUCCAAAUGAUUUAAAUGGUUUAAUUAAUAUUGCUACUAUUGAUUUAAGUAAUAAUAAAAUUUCUGGUUCUAUUCCAGUUACUUUAGGUCAAUUACCUGUUAUUACUGAAAUUUUAUUACAAAAUAAUUAUUUAUCUGGUUCUAUUCCUAAUACUUUAUUUACUGCUUCUUCAUUAACUUUGAUUGACCUUUCUAAUAAUUCUCUUUCUGGUUCAUUAAAUGAUGUAAUAAAUUCUAGAACAUUAGUAACUGCAUAUUUACAAUAUACUAAUAUUGAAGGACCAAUUCCUCCUUUAUAUUCAAGUAGUUUACGACAUCUUGAUCUUCGAGGAACUAAGGUAGAUUGUCCAAUUUUAGAUGCUAAUAGAGAAAUUAUAGUAGCUAAUUGUCCUCCAAGAGUUAUUGUUGAAGCUGAUGUAAUGUCUAAAUGUCCUGACUUUAAAAAUUUUGGAUAUAAAAUUGCUGCACCACUUUUUGAGAAGAUAGGUUCUAUAAUUGAUUUUAAAAUUGGAUGGAUUAUGACUCCAAGUUCAUCUUAUUCUACUGGGUAUAGUUCAAUGCAUGGUAAUACUGAAGUCAUUGGUGAUUUCUUAUUUACUUGUGCACUUGAAAUAUAUAAUACAUCAAAAGCAUUUGAUUUUUAUAAUUGUAUGGGUAAAAAUAUUGAUUUAAUUCCUUUAAAUUAUACCUACUGUGCACAACAAGCAAAUAUGGACCCUGAACCUUUAAUUAAGUGUGCAUUUGGUUCUUAUGGAAAUAUUUUAAUGAAAGAAGCAGUUGAUAGACCAAUUCAAAUGGGAUCAACAUGGUGUCCAACUAUUUAUAUUAAUGGAGAACGUUAUUGUCUUUAUGACUCAUACCCAUGUAAUGCAACUACAUUAGAUGAUUAUAUAAGAGAUAUUUGUGCUGCAUAUACUGGAACCAAUAAACCUUCUGCUUGUCCCAAAUAA